UUAUGGAAGUACCAUCAUCACAAAGGUCCAAAUCGGACCUGGAAUCGAAAAUCCAGCACCGUAGACCAUUCCUCGAGCUGAAUUUUAUCAUCACCGUAAAACUGCUUUUAAACCCCUGGGGCCUCAGCCAGUUGAGCAUCCAGCUCAUACUUCCAGUUCAAACACCCACUAGCAAGCAAAAUAGAAGCAGAUUAGAAAGGCUGCCGCACAGCAGAGGUGACAAUUAAUAUGCUUCUCAUGCGUCACUCGAUGUUGCUGGCAAAACUUGCCGUGCUUAUCGUAUUGCCUUUUUUGCUGCUGUGUUAUGGAGUUGGCAACGUUUACUGCUCGACAAUUCAUGAGAACAGAGAAGAUCUGCGCUCGCUGCUCGACUUUAAGAAGCGGAUCAGUGAUCCAAAUGGAGCCUUGAUGAACAAUUGGACAACCAGCACCCAUUUCUGCCAGUGGAAUGGUGUUAACUGCACUUCCACGCCACCAUAUCGCGUCAGAGAGCUCAUCCUCACUGGGCUAAACUUGGGUGGUGAAAUAUCCUCCUCUCUUGGAAAUCUGACCUCCCUUAAUUAUCUUGAUCUAUCCAAUAAUAGCUUUCAUGGUCCCAUACCUCUUCUUAACAAACUCCAAAACCUAGAGUACCUUUUUCUAGGAAGCAACCUUUUGCAAGGUGUUAUUCCCGACGCACUUACAAAUUGUUCUAAUUUAGUUACACUAGAUCUCUCUGGAAACAACCUCAACGGUCUCAUUCCUCCUAGAAUAAGCUUUCUUACCAAACUAGCAUAUAUCAUCCUUUACAGUAAUCAUGUCACUGGGGAGAUACCAGCAUCCCUCAGAAACAUCACAAAUUUACAACUAGUCUAUUUUUCAAAAAAUCAGCUCAAUGGUAGAAUUCCCGACGAGGUUAUGCAAAUGCGAAACUUAAUGGAGUUGCACCUAGACCAAAAUAACCUAUCAGGUAGUAUUCCUGAGGUUUGGCAAAUGCCAAACAUAUUGCUGUUAGACCUAAGCAUAAAUAACCUCUCAGGUCGAAUCCCACGAGCUCUAUCUAAUGUAUCUUCUCUUCAGGAAUGGUCCUUGGCAUCAAAUAUGCUAGGCAGCACAUUACCAUCUAACAUUGGAGAUGCUCUACCGAAUCUCAUGAUUCUAUACUUGGGUGAGAACUAUUUCGAGGGUCACAUUCCAGCUUCCCUAGGAAAUCCUCCAGGUCUACGAGAGAUAGAUCUCUCAACGAAUUAUUUCACCGGCCAAAUCCCAAAUUCUUUGGGAAACCUUUCACUGCUGUCUUCUCUGAACCUUGAUCAAAACAUGCUUCAAUCAACAGACAAUGAAGGUUGGGAAUUCAUCCAUGCCCUGGGAAAGUGUAGAUCUCUAAAAAGACUUUCAUUGUCUAUUAAUAGGCUACAGGGAGCCAUACCAAAUUCUAUUGCAAACCUGUCCAGCACUCUUACAUAUCUGCUAAUGUCUGAAAACAGUCUAUCAGGAACAGUUCCCCCACGUAUUGGAAAAUUUAGUUCCUUAAUUCAACUAUCACUAGAUCAAAACAAUCUUACCGGUACAAUUGAAGAAUGGGUCGGAAAUAUGACAAAACUAGAACGUUUGAAUCUCCAAUCAAACAGCUUUGUCGGGAUAAUUCCACCUUCCAUUGGCCAACUUAUACGGUUGAAAUAUUUAUUUCUUGAUGAAAAUCAAUUCACUGGGUUUAUACCACCUAGCUUUGGAAACCUUAAAUCAUUGUUGCAGCUGCACCUUAGCUACAACAAUUUCAAAGGGGGCGUACCAUAGAGUUUUUGGAAAUCUUAUGAAUCUC